AUGGCCAAAAAAUCUCUAUCAGAACAAAUCUCUAAUUUAUAUACUCCAAAGACUGAUUAUGAUAUUGAAGAUCAUGAGUUAGAUGUGUCCAAAGGUAACGAUGUUUUUCAGCAUCACGAUGGCAGCUCCGAAAACGAAUCUGACAACGAGGAUACUGGAUUGAGGAAUGAACAUUAUCUCGAGUCUUCCAAAUCAAAGUUAAGACAGCAGAAUGGAGGUGUGCAUUUAGGGGAAAAAUAUUUGGGCAAUGUCACAAGCAGAGACAAAUUGUAUGGUGAUGAGGACGACGAAGAACUGUCAAAUUUACAAGAUGAGUCAGAUUCUGAACUAGCUGACGAGAUUGAAGACGAAGAAUCUGAAGAUGAAGUGGAUAAUGAUCAAGAGUCUGAUAUAAGUAGUUCCAAUGAUACAGAAGAAGAGGAAGAGAACGAGGACGAGGACGAGAAUAUUUCACACAAAAGGGGAUUAUUAAAACAGUUAAUGAGCAAAGAAAGAACUCACAUCGUUAACAGAUUAUCACAAUCAGCAACAAACGAUGCAUUAAAAGGUUAUUCAAUACAGCAGCAAAACAAAACUUUUGAAAAGAUCAUUGAUGUGAGAUUGAAGUUUCAAAAGUGUUUGACUUCAAGUAACAUGUUACCUAUAAACCCAAGUGCAUAUUCAGAAGUCAAAUCUAAAGAUAGCAACGAACUUUUGAAUAAAGCUAAGAAGGAAUUGUAUAAUUUAUUAGAUCAUUUAUUCACACUUAGAAACGAAUUAGACGAGAGUACCUCAAUCAAAGUACCCAAAAAACGAUCAUUUGCAAAAUACUCUGAGGUUACAUCAGUUGCAGAUUCACACUUGAAUUCCCGUCGUAACCAGAUAUUAACUAAAUGGUCUGCUAAAGUUGCCAACUCAUCUGGUAGCAAUGCCAUGAAUGCUAAUAAAUUCAAAACUAUAAACCAAUCUUUUGAACAACAGGUCAACAAUAAUUUAUCUGAUAUGGAUCGAUUGAUCAAAAGAACAAAAUUAAACAGAAGAAAUGUAACUCCAAUUGGAUAUCACAACCAAGAGGAAGAAGAACCGCAAACCAAAACUAUCAACGAUGAUGAUGAUGAUAUUCCCGAAGAGACAUCGGUUCGUAAGAAAGCCCAAGGCUUGGAAAAUGAUUAUAUAUUUGAUGAUGAAGAUUUCUAUAGAGUAUUGUUGAAUGAUUUAGUUGACAAGAAAGUGCAAACUAGUGAUCCAACAUCAGGAAUCACUAUCAGUUUGAGAGCUGCUCAAAAGUCCAACAAAUUGAAAAACAAUGUCGAUACAAAGGCAUCAAAAGGUAGAAAAUUAAGGUAUCAUGUGCAAGAACCAAUUGCCAAUUUUGAAACCUCAGUUGGAAGCUGGAGAUGGAAUGAUGAUCAAAUUGAUGAGUUUUUUGCAUCGUUAUUAGGUCAAAAGGUUAACAUGAAUGAGAUAGAUGAUGAACAAGACGAAGAACAAGAGAAUGACAAUAGUGAUAUCAUUCCAGAGGAUAAUGGAAUCCAGUUGUUUGGUUAA